CAGGGUAAUCACUUUGAUCAGUAUGAAGAAGGACACUUGGAGAUUGAACAAGCAUCCCUUGACAAGCCCAUAGAAUCGCCCAGUUUUUAAAGCCAGGAUAAUAUUGGACACCGCUUACUCCAGAAACAUGGGUGGAAGCUGGGCCAGGGAUUGGGAAAAUCUCUUCAGGCAUUAUGAUCCUGGACUUGUUGUGGUGAUGGUAAACUUAGCAGUGGGAGAACAGACCCUAUUCCAAUUGUCGUCAAGUAUGAUGUCAUGGGCAUGGGUCGAAUGGAAAUGGAGCUGGAUUAUGCCGAAGAUGCUACCGAACGGCGUCGUGUCCUAGAAGUAGAAAAAGAAGACACAGAAGAGCUGAGGCAGAAGUACAAGGAUUAUGUUGACAAAGAAAAGGCGAUUGCAAAAGCCUUAGAAGAUCUCAGAGCCAACUUUUACUGUGAACUUUGUGAUAAACAGUAUCAGAAACAUCAGGAAUUUGACAACCACAUCAAUUCUUAUGAUCAUGCACACAAGCAGCUGAUGUUUUGAGAGCAAAUCCUUCUAAUUUGGGAGCCCAGAUCACAAGAAGAUUAAAAGAUCUCAAGCAGAGAGAGUUUGCCCGAAAUGUCUCUUCAAGAUCCCGCAAAGAUGAGAAGAAACAAGAAAAAGCCCUUCGGCGGCUCCAUGAGUUGGCAGAGCAAAGAAAACAGGCUGAAUGUGCACCCGGAAGCGGGCCCAUGUUCCGACCAACCACGGUGGCUGUAGACGAGGAUGGCGGAGAGGAGGAUAAAGAUGAGUCGUCAACCAACAGUGGUGCAAGUGCUGUGUCUUCUUGUGGCUUUGGAGCAGACUUCUCCACAGAUAAAGGAGGCCCCUUCACGUCAGUACAGAUCACUAAUACCUCUGGACUGUCACAGGCUUCUGGGUUAGCCUCCCAGGGUAUCAGCUUUGGCAUCAAGAAUAAUCUGGGACCCCCACUGCAGAAGUUGGGAGUAUCAUUUUCCUUUGCCAAGAAAGCUCCCGUCAAACUUGAAUCAAUAGCAUCUGUUUUCAAGGACCAUGCAGAGGAAGGGAGCUCAGAAGAUGGAACGAAGGCUGAUGACAAGAGUUCUGACCAAGGGGUGCAGAAGGUGGGGGAUACUGAUGGCACUGGUAAUCUUGAUGGAAAGAAAGAAGAUGAAGACCCUCAGGAUGGAGGGUCCCUUGCCUCAACACUGUCCAAGUUGAAAAAGAUGAAACGGGAAGAAGGAGCAGGGGCUACAGAGCCAGAAUAUUACCACUACAUGCCCCCAGCACACUGCAAGGUCAAACCUAAUUUCCCCUUUUUACUCUUUAUGAGAGCCAGUGAACAGAUGGAAGGGGAUCAUAGUACACACUCAAAAAAUGCCCCUGAGAACAGAAAAGGCAGUUCUCCCAAGCCUAAAGGCUGUAGUAAGGCAGCAGCGAGCCAAGGAGCAGAAAAAACAGUUGGUGAAGUUUCUGAGCUGCAAAAGGAAGCCACUGUGGUUGGGCCUUCAGAGCCUGGAGGCAAAACUGAAACAAAGAAAGGCUCUGGAGGAGGGGAAGAUGAGCAAAGUGUAGAGAGUAGGGAGACUUCAGAGAGCCAGAUGUGUGAAUCCAGUCCUAAAGAAAUUUCUCAGGCCACCCCAGCAACAAAAGCAGGCCAGGGACCCAAGCAUCCUACUGGUCCAUUCUUUCCAGUUUUAAGCAAGGAUGAAAGCACUGCCCUCCAGUGGCCAUCAGAACUACUCAUUUUCACCAAAGCAGAGCCUUCCAUCUCCUACAGUUGUAAUCCUUUAUACUUUGACUUUAAACUUUCAAGAAACAAAGAUGCUAAAGCUAAAGGGACAGAAAAGCCAAAAGAUGUCGGAGGCUCCUCAAAGGAUCAUCUCCAGAGCCUUGAUCCUAGAGAACCGAAUAAAAGCCAGGAAGAAGAGCAGGAUGUAGUGCUCUCUUCAGAAGGUAGAGUGGAUGAACCUGCUUCAGGGGCUGCCUGUAGCAGUCUGAACAAGCAGGAGCCUGGGGGCAGCCAUACGUCAGAAACUGAAGACACUGGGAGAAGCCACCCUAGCAAGAAAGAACCAUCAGGCAAGUCUCACAGACACAAGAAGAAAAAGAAACACAAAAAAUCCAGCAAGCACAAACGUAAACACAAGGCUGACAUGGAAGAGAAGAGUUCUAAGGCAGAAUCUGGGGAGAAAUCUAAGAAGCGCAAGAAACGAAAACGCAAGAAGAACAAAUCAGCCGCAGCUGAUUCUGAGCGAGGACCCAAACCAGAACCUCCUGGAAGUGGCAGCCCUGCACCACCGAGAAGACGGCGCCGAGCUCAGGAUGAUUCCCAGCGGAGAUCCCUUCCUGCUGAAGAAGGAAACAGUGGCAAGAAGGAUGACGGUGGGGGUGGUAGCAGUUGCCAGGAUCACAGUGGGAGGAAACACAAAGGUGAACCACCAACUUCCUCCUGCCAGCGGAGAGCUAACACCAAACAUAGCAGCCGGUCCAGCCAUCGGAGCCAACCCAGUAGUGGUGAUGAGGAUAGUGAUGAUGCUUCUUCACAUCGACUGCACCAGAAGUCUCCAUCCCAGUACAGUGAGGAGGAAGAGGAGGAAGAAGAAGAGGAAGAGGAGGAGGAGGAAGAGGAGGAAGAUGAAGACUCGGGUAGUGAGCAUUCUCGUAGCCGCUCUCGGUCUGGCCAUCGCCAUUCCUCGCAUCGUUCCUCCCGGCGGUCUUACUCUAGCAGCUCUGACGCCUCUUCAGACCAGAGCUGCUAUAGUAGACAGCACAGUUACUCUGAUGAUAGCUAUAGUGACUAUAGUGACCGUUCACGAAGGCACUCUAAGCGCUCUCACGAUUCAGAUGAUUCAGACUAUGCCAGCUCCAAACACAGGUCUAAACGACACAAAUACUCAUCAUCUGAUGAUGACUAUAGCCUCAGUUGCAGCCAGUCUCGAAGCCGAUCUCGGAGUCAUACAAGGGAGCGAUCAAGAUCCCGGGGUCGAAGCCGCAGUAGCAGCUGUAGUCGCAGUCGAAGCAAGAGGAGAAGUCGCAGCACCACAGCCCACAGCUGGCAACGAAGCCGAAGCUAUAGCCGGGACCGGAGCCGCAGCACCAGGAGCCCUUCUCAGAGAUCAGGCUCCAGAAAGGGCUCGUGGGGUCACGAGAGCCCAGAGGAAAGGCGCUCUAGCCGCCGGGAUUUUAUUCGUUCAAAGAUCUACCGCUCUCAAUCCCCCCACUAUUUCCGAUCAGGUCGGGGAGAAGGUCCUGGAAAGAAAGAAGAUGGCAGAGGAGAUGACAGUAAAGGAGCAGGCCUGCCCUCCCAGAAUAGCAAUACUGGCACAGGAAGGGGGUCAGAAAGUGACUGCAGUCCUGAAGAUAAGAAUUCUGUUACUGCCAGACUGCUGCUAGAGAAGAUCCAGUCCAGGAAAGUAGAGAGGAAACCCAAUGUGUGUGAGGAGGUGCUGGCCACCCCUAAUAAGGCUGGGCUCAAGUACAAAAACCCCCCACAAGGUUACUUCGGACCUAAGCUCCCCCCGUCUCUUGGUAAUAAGCCUGUUCUUCCAAUGAUAGGGAAGCUUCCAGCUACCCGGAAGUCCAAUAAGAAAUGUGAAGAGCCUGGCUUAGAAAGGGGAGAAGAGCCGGAACAUUCAGAGCCAGAAGAAGGGUCCCCAAGGAGUAGUGAUGCUCCAUUUGGGCAUCCGUGCUCAGAGGAAGCAGCUGGUCCCUUCUCAGACCCUCCCCCAGAGGAGCCAAAGCCCGAAGAAGCUACUGCUGAUCGCUCUGUGGCUCCUCUAGGCACCCCAGCCCACACUGACUGCUACCCUGGGGAUCCAGCCAUCUCCCAUAACUACCUCCCGGACCCCAGUGAUGGGGAUACUCUGGAGUCUCUGGAUAGUGGCAGUCAACCAGGCCCAGUAGAAUCCAGCUUGCUGCCUAUAGCCCCAGACCUUGAGCACUUCCCCAGUUACGCGCCUCCCAGUGGGGAACCCAGUAUUGAAUCAACAGAUGGGGCUGAGGAUGCUUCCUUGGCUCCUCUUGAGAGCCAGCCCAUCACCUUCACCCCUGAGGAGAUGGAGAAGUACAGCAAGCUCCAGCAGGCUGCACAGCAGCACAUCCAGCAGCAACUUCUGGCCAAACAAGUAAAGGCCUUUCCAGCCUCAACCGCCCUAGCUCCAGCCACACCAGCCCUGCAACCCAUCCACAUUCAGCAGCCAGCCACAGCCUCCGCCACCUCCAUCACAACUGUUCAGCAUGCCAUCCUACAGCAUCAUGCUGCAGCCGCCGCCGCCGCCAUUGGCAUUCACCCUCACCCCCACCCUCAGCCGCUUGCUCAAGUGCAUCAUAUUCCCCAGCCCCAUCUAACCCCUAUUUCCUUGUCCCAUCUCACUCACUCAAUUAUCCCUGGCCACCCUGCCACCUUUCUUGCUAGCCACCCUAUCCAUAUAAUUCCUGCCUCAGCCAUCCAUCCUGGGCCCUUCACCUUUCAUCCCGUCCCACAUGCUGCCCUCUACCCCACCCUGCUUGCCCCACGGCCUGCAGCAGCAGCUGCCACAGCCCUCCAUCUUCACCCACUGCUUCACCCCAUCUUCUCAGGUCAAGACCUGCAGCACCCUCCCAGCCAUGGGACUUGAGUUGGGAGUCAGAAGCCUGUAUUGAGCCAGGGAAGGUGACCUAUUCUUCCCUUGGGGGUGUUGAGCCAUUUAUACCAGCAAGUAAAAGCUGGAACGGGCAGUGUCUUGACAGCCAAAGAAAUGAGUUUUGGCUUGCAGGGAUGGAUUUAGAUUUGAGGUUUGCUUUGGGUUUACUAUCAGGGAUAUUUACCCCCUUUCUAUUAGUCCCUCCCUCCUGUGUUUCUAAGCUAGGGAACACCAGUAAGUGCUACCCACACUCCUGCAGCAGCCUCUGCAGACUGUCAAGUAAUCCUCCUUCCUCCCUGACUUUCUGAUCCUCUGCACUUCCCCUCUGUAAGUUCAAAACAUUUUCCUCCUCUAAUGGGUUGUCACCAAAGCACUUGCCAUGGGCCCAUCUGGUCCUGCCUUCUCAGUGCCACGAGGAAGGCCAGGCUGUCUCUCCAGUGGUGAAAACUCCACUUUUCGGCAGUGUCUUUGACUAUCCCUUUGUGACACUUUAUCCCAGGUGAGGCGGAAGAGGGAGUCUAACCUAGAACCAAAAGCAACUCAGGCUGCAAUUUGAUCCACUUUCCUUACAAACAGCCAUGCAUUUGGCACUACUGUCCUCAUGCCCCUCAUCCCAGAAGAGGCAUCUACAUAUCCCAGAAAAGAAGAUCCUAUCGUGAGUAGAAGCUACACUGAACAUAGGGUCACCCAUGUGCUUCCCAGAAAGGAGCUCGUGUCUGAAGGGUAUAUUUCCUUCUGUUAUGUUGAUGUUUUCUUCUUAAUUUAUAGGAUUUUUUAAUGUAAAAUUGCACUGAACUCUAUAAACGUAAAUGCUGCUUUUUGUAGCUCAUAUUAAAAAGGUUCCGUAUUUGUAGUAUACUGCAAUAAUAUUUUUUACAUCCAGCUCUUUAAGUGAUCCUUGUUCUGGUGGCUUUCUGUAAAUAUGUUUGCCCUAGUUGAAUUAAGAAACUUUAAAGGUUAUAAAAUAAAAGAAAAAAUAAAGUAUUUGUUUUCUGCUAGAUGCAAAAAUGACUAAGCAUGUAUAUUUUAUCAACCUCUGUAUUUUUUGAAGUUAUGAACUAUAAAAAUGUUGACUUUUUUUUCUUUUCUUUCUUUCUUUCUUUCUUUCUUUUUUUUUUUUUGCUGGGACAAGUGUUAAAUAAUUUGUAGUAGUUGGUUCAUCCUGCACUGGGACUCUUGGGUUGAUGAGCAGCAGGCAGCUGCUGCUGUCAGAAGGAUGCGCAGUUGCAGUGGCCUCCCUGACGUGCUUUGUUAUACAGAGAAACAGUGGACUCCAUGGAGGAGGGGAGGAUUGGUUCAACAGCUUUAUUCUCUGGAAGCAGUGACACUUGGUGAUUGUCUGGGAAAAGGGACCCUUUGGUUCCCCUGGGUACCUUGUUCCAGACAGUCUUAUUUGCCUUCCUAGUAUUUAGCCCCCUCUGACAAUUUUUUAAAUGUGCCUUUUGGGUUGGCUAGACACUAAAAUAGAAGUAGACCAGAGGAUACUAGAGCUGGGACAGUUCUCUCUUGGUUGGGAGGUGAGCACGUUUAUAAGUAGGUCGAGAAUUUUGUCUUCGAAGCUCUGUGCCGUCUGCCCAGCUCGAUUGCUAUUUCAGCAGUAGAGGUUCCUUUUUCCUUUUUUCCAGUGACACUGACCAGAAGUCCAUCCAGCCCUCUCCCCUUUGCCCUUCCCCCAGGCUCUCAGCCCUCCUUAACACUGACCCAAAGGUGCUUGUAAUGCAGGUCUCAUCUCCUUUGUUAGUGCUCUUCCUAUGACUAGAACUGGUUAAGCAAUCAACUGACAUAAACCCUGCUUGCCUAGGCCAAGGUUCUCCGUUCAUGCCUUCUCAAAUCCCCAGCAGAGUGGGCUGUGUUAGGGAAGUGAGUGCUGGGCACUUGAGGCCCAUCCCUGCCUGAGCUUCUGCCCUCUGCUCAUUGUCCCCUUAUAAGUAUCACUUUUGGGAUAACUAGCCCUGGAAAAACGGCAUCUGUUUGAAGUGAAGGGACUGCUUCUUCUUGCUUUCAGCCUGUGUAAAUAUUUAAAUAAAACAGUAUUAACAUUUUUGUGCUGCUUCUCCUUAGGUUGUAGAUCGAGCCAUGCUCUGGCCGCCUCUGCCGUCCUGGAGGCAUUUUUCCUUAACUUCCAGAAUAGUGAUUUUAAAACUUAAAAAAAAAAAGGAAAAACAAAAUAACCUAUCCUUACAUACAAGCAUAACAGAUUGUAUUUAACUUUAUCACAUAUGAUAGAGAUGUAUAUGCUGUAAAGUGAGGGAAAGGGGCUUUCUAAUAAACCAAUGCUUUGUGGAAACUUA